AUGUCUAAUGUGGAAGCUCUGCAGACAGAAUGGAGGAUCUUGUAUUCUCAAACCCUUCCCCAGAUGGCGAAAAUUCGAGAUCCCGCCCAGUCUGUGUGGCCUGUGACUCUUGACCACUGCUUUGCCCGCAUCAUUCUGGACAACGUCAUAGGCAACAAUGAGCAACAGUGGGACAUGAUAAUACCGAAGCCAGCCAUAAGAAACAUGAACGAGCAACAGUUGCGGGAUGCAAUAGCACUGGGGCAGAAAAUCCAAGCUGGGAAGGUAGAUCUUUCUGACCUGGACCAGGCGAGUCUGCGAUGCAGAGGCAAGAAUGAAAAGAAGUAUGCCAAAGCAGCUGCAAGCGAAGUAGCCUCACACCAACCUCCGUCAAGGUCAACGAAUGCUGGUACGAAACGGACGAUAGGCGACGUGGACCAACCGGCCUCAUCAGCAACAACAAAGAGCAGGAAGACUGACAAACACCAAUCAACGCUCAAAUCCUGGCGGGUUGGGACCUCGACAGAGUCGUUCAACACUCCCAACCAUGUGGACGGGGACAGAAUACCGCCAAAGCUAGUUGAGGCAAACGAGGAAGAGCUAAAGCGGACCCUAAUCCGCAUCCAUUCACACCCUUCACUGAGCUCAUAUCGAAGGAAGCUCUAUACUACUCUUCUUUCUGUCCCGCGCGGUCGCUUCACCACCUAUGCCGCAAUCUCAGAGUAUCUCAAGUCCUCAGCCCGAGCGGUUGGGAACGGGAUGCGCAACAACCCUUUUGCCCCCGACGUACCAUGCCACCGCGUCUUAGCAGCAGACGGAAGUAUCGGCGGAUUUCAAGGUGACUGGGGCAGGGAUGGCAAACAUGCCUCCAAGAAAAUAGAGUUGCUUCGAAGUGAGGGAGUUAAAUUUGAUGGCCGCGGCAAGGUUCUGGGUGAGCCAUUUCGAGAGUUUCGACCCCUGCAUCGUGUUGAAGAUGCCAUUCUGUCUUCGGUUCAACAAUAA